AUGUUUUCGGAUGAUUUCUAUAGAUAUGCUGUGUUGACACCUAAUUUAAAUGUAGUUAAUACAAGAACACGAUGGUAUCAACAACGAAAAAUCGCUUUAGUUUUAAUUCUUAUAGUAUCUCCUGUGGUAUUAUUCUUCAUAUUGUACGGCGUAUUGUUCGGUUUCCAUCGAAGCAUAAUUUAUCCCAAAACAGCAUCUAAAGUGCUCUCGGAGAAUCUUCAUCGAGCCAUCACGUACAGCUUGAGCAUACCCAACGGUACCUACGAUCCCUCUAUUCACUUUAAAGUACCCAAAAAGAUACAAAUAACGAAAUACAAAUUGGUUUGUUACUAUAGUUUGCCGGACGAUCAGGGUUCUUUGCAAAUCGAUCACCUAGAUCCGCAUUUGUGUACACAUAUCAAUGUAGCAUUUGGUAGAGUAGUAAAUAAUUCGUUAUAUCUAACUGAUUAUAACAAGGAGUGUUUGAAAAAAAUCGUUAAAUUGAAGCAGGUCAACAAUGAUUUGAAGGUGCUAGUGAGCGUAGGUGGAGCCGGUGAUGUUGAAAAUGGUUUUCCGGAGAUGGUUUUGAACCAUACGAAUAGAAAAACUUUCAUAAAAUCGGUGGUGUCCUACGUGAGGGAGUUCAAUAUAGACGGGAUCGAUUUGGACUGGGAGUUUCCUAACGUGAACAACACGGAAGACAAACGGCAGAAAGUGCAUUUCACGCAACUGUUGGAGGAAAUCAGGAAAAGCAUUAAUAGACAAAAGAACCAGCAGUAUCUUUUAACCGUAGCCGUGGCUGCUCCGUUGACGCUCAUCGCGCAAAGCUACGAUGUGGCUUAUAUGAACGAUUACGUGGACUUCGUGAAUUUGAUGUCGUACGAUUACCAUUUCUACACGAAAUGGACCCCUUUCACUGGAUUCAACAGCCCACUGUACGCCUCCGAUAACGAAGUAUUCAUAUUCGGUACUUUGAACGUCAAUUAUUCAGCUAACGUUUGGUACAACCUCGGAAUGGAUCGAUCGAAGAUUAUCGUAGGGCUCCCCAUUUACGGCCAUACAUUCAGAUUAACGAACCCCAAAAACAACGGACUGUACGCCCCGGCUUCGGGUUACGGCCGAUUAGGCUCGUUGGGCUUCGCCGAUUACCCGGACAUUUGCAAGUUCCUGGCCCUCAAUCAAAUUUCCCCCGUAUUCGACAUGGAGACGAAGAGCCCUUACGCCUCCAAGUUCUACGAGUGGGUGUCCUUCGAGAACACGCAGAGCCUCACCUACAAAGCGGAGUACAUAAGAGACCAGCAAUUCGGCGGGGCCAUGGUGUGGAGCCUUAACGCGGACGAUUACAAGCUUCAUUGUCAGGCAGAGGGCGCUGUUAAAGGGAAGUUUCCUUUGGUGAAUAGCAUCAGAAACGUGCUAUUUGGAUCUUAA